GUUUGAUGAGAGAUGAAGCGUCAGACUGUAAGUGGCUCUUCAUGUUGAUCUGUGAGUAAAUCUGACCUCUUCAUCAUCAGACUCCAUCAUGGAGAAAACUCCUGCUGGACUCGGGAUCAUCGCCAGUGAAAUCAUCAAAACUAGUGAGGACUGCGGAAAGCGUCACAGGGUUGACCUCCGGCCCGCUCCUCUCUUCCGUACGCUGGGUCUGAGGGGUCUGUCUGCUAGUUUACCGCCCCACCGUCGCCUGCGUUCAGUCUUAAACACCACCCCGAGCACAUCGGGUCAGUCUGUUGAUCAUUCUGACCCCUUAAUGGACAGACCUCACCGAAACUCACCCUUACAUGGACUCAAACGCAUUCAAGACAAGCCACUGCCCAAAAUUGUACCUGCAAACCAUCAAAAAGAUGAGAUAUCCAUAAAUAACGAGCCACAAACGGUCAGAGUUCAGUGCUGGCAUCACAGCAGGCGGCUAAAUGCUGCAGCGAGGACCCAUGGCCGAGACACAGGAAUUAGGACUGAGAAGGAAGAGUAUUUGUUUGAAGAAGUUUGGCGGGAACAGACACCAAAGGUGAUGAGAAAAAAGAAAAAUAAACAAGUAAAAAACGAGGCGUCAGACCUCAGCCUGUGGAUACAGAGUUUAGAAAUAACAGACAACAAGAGACUCCGAAACAACUCAAGUGGGCGUGGUGAGUGGGCGGGGCCUUUGUGUAAAGGGGCGGGGCAAACUCAACGAGACCGACGCCCACACUUCCUGCCGCCCAUCACUCAAAGCGACUGCUUGCUUAACGUCCCUCUGCUCCUCCCAGACAACUCCCCGCCUCCGUCACCCUGCUCUCCGUCAGACAUCCGGUUCUUCCCUCUGUCUGUUCCUCACAUCCAGCCUUUUCCCAGAGAGAGGAGAGGAGACGCAGCAGCUCAGCGCCACUGACACGAUCACGUACUACAACUCUGUCUUCAUGAAGGAAAUAGACACUAGCAGUCAAAUGUUUUGUACAUUCUAAAAUAAGACUAAUGUCAUGAAAACUCAUAAUGAACACAGAUGAUGGUCUGAGAAUGAUGUUGUGAUUAAAUCAUGACACAAAUGAAAACUCACUUAAUAUAUGAGCUUCUUCUUCGUCUAGAUUCACAAGCAAGACAUUCACCAAUCAAACUUCAGAAACACUGAGGAACAUGCGUCAUGAGCACGUGAUGAAAAAAUCUAAAUAAAUGAACGUUCAUUUUUUUACAGUUUAUAUCUGUGUACAAACCAUUUAAAGGGACAUUUCACCCAAAUGAUUCAAAACCUGUAUGAGUUUCUUUCUUCUGUUGAACAUGAAAGAAGAUAUUUUGAAGAAUGUAAUCAGAGAUUUGUUGGUCCUCACUGACCUCCACGGUAUGGAAGAUAAAAAUACUGUGGAAGUCAAUGGAGACCAGAGACAGACA